AUGUCCAGCAAUCCGCCCACCGCCGCCGCCUCGUCCAAGGCCUCCGCUCCCUCGGGGCCCGCUUCACCCGCCCAGACGCAGACGCAGACGCCCUCCGCCAGCACCAGCAGCUUCUCCACGCAGCCGCGGGGUAGUGGCGCGCCCGCGCGGUCAUUGCCGACUCCCCGCAACUCGCAGCAGCAGAAGAAACAGCACAAGGCGUCGAAGCGCUUCAGGCAGACGGACGAGGAUGCCAUUGCCGAGUCUCUCGCCAUGCGUCCCUUCCAGAACCGCAAGGGCCAGACGUCCAUUACCCACCUCAUGAACUUCAGCUUGCCGCCCCGCCCAACCAACCAUGCCGCCCAUGGCCACGCAAGGAGCUAUCGGCGCAACCCGACGUGGGGCCUUGGCUCGGGCUACCACGCCGUAGACAAGGCAAGAUACGUGCACGCCAACUACCGCUUCAUCGUAGACCCCCGCGCCGACUACCGCGCCCAGAGUGUCGAUGCCGAUGUCCACCUCGACUGGAACAACGUCCUGCAGAUCCUGGCUUCCGAGCUUUCACAAGACGCCUCGUGUCCCAUCUGCCUUGGCACACCCCUAGCCCCCAGGAUGGCGAGGUGUGGCCACAUCUUCUGUCUCCCAUGUCUCAUCCGCUACAUGCAUUCCGAAGACGACGCCAAGCCCCGAGACAAACGGGCGCGUUCGAGCAAAUGCCCGCUGUGCUUCGACACCAUAUACGCCUCUGAAACGAGGCCAGUGCGCUGGUACACAGGCCAGGAGGGCGAGCCUCCCCGCGAGGGAGGCGAUGUAGUUCUCCGCUUGGCUGUCAGAUCCGCGGGAAGCACCUUGGCUAUGCCCCGCGAUGGCGCCUACGCUAUGACCAAAGACGAAGAUAUCCCCUGGUAUCAUGCCGCCGAGGUGACCGACUAUGCCCGCAUAAUGCGCGGCGGUGAGGACUACAUGCUGGACCAACAUGAUCAAGAGAUUGUGAAGCUGGAGCACCAAGGCAAAGAGGAUGAAGUCAUGUUUGCCGAAGACAGCAUGGAAUGGACCAACAAGGCGGUACGGAAUAUCCGAGAGGCCAAGGAGAAGCUUAGAGGAAUCGGAAACCCCCCAGACGAGGCCUGCAAGCCCGCGGAACCCAAGAUGAAGAGAGCGCCCAUGGUAUUCAACGAGACGACGGCGCCAGACAUGAACACUGUACAGGACCAUUCCCAGGUCGGGACCGCUUAUGGCAAGGACAGGGCCAUGUCUGUCUCUUCGCACUCUUCAGCAGCAAGCCACGGCAUGUCUCUGACGCUUGCAGAGCUUCGCAAUCGACAGCACCACGAGCACCACCAGACGCCCGCCGAAUAUUUCUUCUACCAAGCACUAUUGCAUUACUACUUAUCUCCGUUAGAUAUCCGCAUUUUGAAAGCGGCUUUCGGAAAUUUCGCCUCGUUCCCCUCAACGAUCCUUCCCCGUGUCGAGCACGUAUCUACGGGACACGUAGUCGAUGACGAAUUGCGCAAGCGCACAAAAUACCUGGCGCAUCUACCAUACGGCUGUGAAGUUGGUUUCCUUGAAUGUGAUUGGACCGAUACAGUCGCCCCAGAAGUGCUGGAACGCUUCCGACCCGAUAUUGAGAAAAGGCGAAAGAGGCAUGUUGAGAAGGAGAGUAAAGAGGAGAAGGCACGACAGCGCGCGGAAAAGGCCGAGUACGCCGAGUUUGCAUCUGCGCGCAGAAGACGUCCAAGCAUGACGGAGAGAUUCUCCGCCGACGAUUUCCAGCCUCUAGCAUCAGGCAGCAUGCCGGACGCGCAGCCCGUCAUGGAUGGAGACAACUCUUCGACGUCGCCACCCUGGCCACGGCGGCGUGGCGAUGGCUUCGCUCCGUUGGCUUCUCCUUCGUCAAGCCCGUCAGCGCCACGGACCGUAUGGGGUACGGCGAUAGUGGCAGGCACGUCUCCAGUGUUUGGGCCCCAGGAUCAUCAUGACGGCGAUGAUGGGUGGCUGCAGGGCUGGGAGAAGGAUUUGCUUGCCGAGGAGGACAUGCUUGCCCGAGCGCAAGCCAUGUCUUUAGAAGGAGGCGAGGAAGGCGCGAAGAAGCCGGCCGGCGGAAAGAAGAAGAAGGGCAAAAAGAUCACGUUGAUGAGUACGAAUGUGCGGAGGGGAGCGUAG